AUGCCCCGCACCCUCCUCAUCGCCUCCGUGGCCCUCGUCGCCCUGGUCAGCGCCCACCCGUUCGACUUUGGCAACCUGUUCGGUCUCGGAUUCCAGCACCCCCUCACACCGUCAUUCCAGGCCCCAAAGCCGUGCUUCCGCUUCAAGAGGGAAGCCAUCCCGGUCUCGAACGUCUCGACCAUCCACUCUGACGACUCGCAGUGCAACUCUCCCGAAGCCAGGAAGCUGAUUCUUGAGAACCUCGAUUCCUCGGUGAGCUCCUCCAAGGAGGCCAUCUACCACGCGCUGAUCGGCCAGAUGCAAGGCCAGUGGACCGUCUUUUGCCAGGAGGUCAAGCCCGAGCAGGUAAAUCUU